AAUGUCAAAUAAACAGCAAACCGGCAUGUUUGUUUUUGCUCAAUUUAAUUUUCAUUUUUCAAUUAUUAUCAAGAAAAACAAUUAAAAAAUGUUGAAUAUGAUAAGUUGAAAGUAAGCAAAUAAAAUAAUUCAUGAAAGUAAAGAGUUUUGGGGAAAAUUCAAAAGGUUUUUCUGGAAAUGGUGUCAACCAGAGGCCCAAAGCAUAAAUUCACCGAAGGCGAAAAAGUUUUAUGCUACGAACCAGAUCCAACAAAAGCAAAAGUUCUUUACGACUCAAAGGUAUUGGGUACGUACGAAACAAAAGACAAGCGUGGCAGGAAGCUCACCCAAUAUAAAAUCCACUUUCAAGGAUGGAGUUCGUCUUGGGAUCGAAAAGUGAAUUCUGAUUUUGUUCUCAAGGACACCGAAGAAAAUCGCCAACUGCAAAAAGAUUUGGCCGAGAAGGCCCAAUUACAAUUAGGUGCAUAUUUGUAUAGAAAAGAGCGCAAAAAGCGUGCACGCAAAGAAGACGAAUCAGACAGCUCGCCGAAAACCCGUCACCGUGGCUCGUCCGAGGAUAAUUUUAGUUCCAGUAGCACAUUGGAAAAACAUGAAGGUGAUUUUCUAAUGAGGGACGAGUGUGAAACAGAAUCUUGCAGUAGUUCCGUCGAGAGCUUCCAUGACGAUGAGCGUGUACUGCUUAAAGUGAGUGAGCGGCUGAAGCAAUAUCUAGAGUAUGAUUAUGAAAUGACUGUGCGUCAUGGCAAACUACACAUUUUGCCUGCCCGUAUUCCGGUGUUGGGCAUUUUGGAAAACUUUGUUAAGCAGAGUGCUGUUAAGCUCGUGUUUUCGGCAUCACAGAAUGAAUCCUCAAGGAGACGCAACACUAAUUUGCGACCGGACAAAAAAGAACGAGAGUUCGAGAAGAUUGUUAAUACAGUUUCUAUCUUAAAAGAAGUUGCCGAUGGGUUACGUAUUUAUUUUGACUUUACAUUGGCUGACAAUCUACUUUAUAAAGAAGAAAAAGAAUAUGCAAUUUCGUUGCUUUCGGAAGAAAAUCUUAAGAAUUUUUCUUACGUUCCCUCCCCUGGACUUUCGCCAGAUUUUCUAUCACCUAAACCAGAUUAUGAUUCACCUGCACCAGUUGAAAGUUCUGAGUCACAACCAUCCUUGGAAGCAGCAACCAUUUCAUCAGAGGAUCCACAAAAAAGAAAACUACGAUCCCAUCGUAGUGAAGAUUGUGAUGCGCUGCUAGAAAAUUGCUUAUCAAGCAUUGCAAGUACGAGUUCAGGAGGUUCUACUCCACUUCAAGCGACUGCUGCUACGUCCAGUUUGAAUUACAUUAAAUCUUUGCAACCGAUGGCCCUGAGUAUACCACCACCAGCGAAAGAUUUUCUGCAAAAAGUGCUUUCUUGGCAAAUUUUACCUUCAAAUGCUGAUCCGGCUCCUUCAAUGAUUUUCGGAGCAACACAUUUAGCUCGACUUAUUGUUAAACUACCUGAAUUUCUAAAUGCAACAACUAUAGCUGAGGAAAAACUUAAAUUAUUAUUACAACACUUGGAUUCCUUUGUUCACUAUUUGGAAUCCCGUAAAGAAUGGUUUGGAGAGCACAACUACUUCAAGGAUCCAAAGGUUGAAACUGAGAAAUCUUCCGAUGAACAACCAAAGCUUGAUGAACCUCCAACUACAAAAACCUAAUUAAAAAAAAACAAAAACAACCUUAUUAUUUUUACUAAGGAAACUUCCUUCAUCUAUAUAUUUUUUUAUUAAUAUUUUAAAGCUUUUUUUUAUUUUCUAAAUAACAAUUUUUUGUUUAUGUAUAAAAAAUAAUGAAAUAAAUUAUUGUAUUUUAUAUUUUUUUUUAAUUUUCAAUAUUAAGUUAGUGAAAGUUCUAAUCGAUAUUAAAGUUAUAUUAAAUGUCUCUUUUUAUU